CAGGACUCUCUUGAAUGUGAGCUUCUCACUUUGAGAUGGGAACACUGUUUUUGCUGAGCAACGAAUCAUUCCUCUCUGUUCUGUGCUGUCCCCCUCCCUGCCCCAGGUUCCGUUACUCUGAGGACGAUGUUGUUAGCUACAUCCUGCAGAUCCUCCAGGGUCUUGAGUACCUGCACAGCCGACGUAUCGUUCACCUGGACAUCAAACCGGACAAUGUCAUUGUCACCUACCUCAACGUCAUCAAGCUGGUGGACUUUGGCAGUGCCCACUUCUUCAAUGCUACUGUGCCAAAGCCGCUGGGUCGCAGAGUGGGCACUCCGGAGUAUAUGUCUCCUGAAAUGCUGAAGGGAGAUCCGAUUGGACCACCGGCUGAUAUCUGGGGUCUGGGCGUGCUUAUUUACAUCAUGUUAAGUGGACGAUCACCCUUCACUGCACCAGAUCCAACAGAACUCGAGAGCAAGAUUAAAUCAGCACAGUUUGACCUCACAAAGUGCUAUCCCAAUGCAUCGCAGAAUGCUGCACUCUUUCUUAAACGGGUCCUCUGCAUGUUCCCAGCGACACGACCGACGGUGAAGGAAUGUCAUGCUAACCCCUGGCUCCAGGAUAACUACCUGAUGAAGCUCCGUCGACAGACGCUUACCUUCACUACCACCCGACUGAAGGAGUUCCUGGUCCACCACCAGAAGAAGCGAUCUGAGACCCUCACUCGGCACCGAGUUCUCCUGCGGUCCUACAGCAACACCACCAGCCAGCCCGGGAGCCCUGGCGUCCCUCCGGCAACCCAGUGACCCCUCACCCCCACCCCGAGGAGCUGGGGGAGCGGGGAGGCAAUGAGAAAUCUGAGGGCAACAUUCCAGUCAACACCUGCAUUGCAAACACUUGAACCCAUCCUGCCGAGGGACAGAGGGGACAGCCAUUCCCCACAUCUCGACACCAACGAUCAAACCAUUAAGGGACAGACACCUAGCACUGACAGUUUUCUUUUCUCUAUUUAUUUAAGACAGUAACCAAGGACGUGAGGUUGUGCAUCUUGUGUCCAAAUGGUUUUUAGCAAAAGGCUUUGUCUCCGAAUCCAAGGGAGGGAAUGGGGGGAGCGAGCAGUGCAUAGGUUAGUGACUGGAACCAACUUCAUUGUGACCCACUGGGGGCAGAGUGGAGACCUGCUUCAUAAGAGAAUGGACAAAAACCAGCCUUACUGUCGAUUUUCCCUUUGAGUAUGUGUGCAUCCCAGCCCCUUCCCAAACCCUUGCCCCGAAUCUCCGGGACUCCAAUCUUCUCAAUACUUUGCAGAGAGGGAGACAGAGAGAUGGCCCCCUCUCUCAUCUGAUUUUCCUUUGUACAUCGAGAGAUGUGAGCAGUCUCUUUACACAGGGAUUCACUUAAGUUUCAAUUCUCUCUCAAUGAAGUGCAAUUUGGUUCUGCAGGACUCCCUGGUCCUCCGAGCCCAUCAAGCAGACUCUGAAGUUUCGGUUCCAUACAUGACUGAAUUUCCAGGGACUAAGAAGAUCCCGAUCUUGCUCCCACCUUCCCCCAACUCCUUUCUCACCAACCUCCUGGAGAUUACCUGCACCACCACAGAAUUAAGCAGGGAUUGGCAUCUCUGGGCUGUCAGGUCACACUGGAGAGAGCCAUCUCCCUGUCCCUGGAAAGGCUCCUCUCAACUACCAGCCUCUGAAAAUCUAUCAGCUCCAACUGAGGGCCCAGGGCAGGGAACUGGUCUAAUCUGGUGUCCCUGCUCUCUAGUUUGGGGAUAUCUUUGGGCGAGUAAAAUGGAUGUAAAUAGAAAUUAUGUUGCAAGGCCUUCCUGAAAGACAUUUGUAAGAUUUUACUUGAUGAGUAUUGGGCUGAGGGUUGGCCUGUGUAUUUUGCCACACAGUGGAGGGAGGUUGGGAAAUGAGGCAGGGAGAUUCCUGCAUAUAUUUUCAUACUUGUGUGUUUGCAAUAGGAUGAAGUGUGCGUGUAUGCACACACACACACAUACGUACACACACUCAUACACACUCUUACACAGAGACAUUUGCACAGACUCUCACACUCACACAGUUUCUCAUACACACACACACACACAUUCUCUCUCUCGCGCGCGCACACACACACACACCCAUAGCCAUGUACAUGCAGUCACAGCCUAACACACACUUGCACGCAUUCACGCAUGGUCACACAUGCGUGCACAUCCACACUGGUGCACACAUGCAAUGUGUGCGAAGACACAUGUAGUAGUGUGCACAGAUCUGGUGCGUGAACAUCUGUGCACCAACACAUGCACAUGUGUGCUUAUCCAUGUGCACGGACACAUGUGUAAAGAUCCGUGCACACUGAGACAGACUUGUGACUGGUUUGAUUAUGACACAUGGCCUACUUUAAAUAAUUAAUUGCACACAGCACAAGAAGAUUUCACAAGCAAAAAAAAGGGGAAUGUAAUUUCCCUUGAAUUGAUAUUUUUAGGGAUAUUUUGAGCUCCAGCGAUUAUUCAUGCGACUAAAAUCUCUUGCAAGGCAAGUGUGCGAGGUUGCGCUGGAAGUGUAAAUCACAAUAGCUUGCAUCCAUCACUUUGGGAAUUUGGGGACUGUCCUGUUGAAUGGACGCCCUUGCUGCUAUCUUUAGGAACAAAAGGAAAGCUGGGGUGGGGGUGUUUCCCAUGGUCAGGAAACAGCGUCAGAACCCAGCAGCCACAGCUGUCAUCACCCACCUCUACCCAGCAUUGACCAUCAACCGCUUUCCUGCCCGUCAUAGAUGGCUGGCUCAUACCAACUAGCACAGCUCAAUGCUGAGAUCAGGCAAAAAUAGCUUACAUUUAUAUGGCGCCUUUAACAUGGCAAACGCAGGUGCAAUUGUGGGUGGAAACAUUUAUACCAAGACAGAGAAGGCAGUGACAAAGCAGAUGUUCAAAGUUUGGCGAGAGGGAGAAAGGUCAGUUUUAACUGCGUCGUAAAGUGGGGACAGAGACAGGGAGGGAAUUCCGCAACUCGGAACCCAAGCAGCUGAAGGUACAGUCCCUGAGACAGAGCAAAGGAGGUUGCCCAGAACUAGAAAGUUCAUGGAGAUGUGACAUGAUUGGGAGCUGUAGGAUGUUAGAGAGGGUGAGAGCAAGGGGAGAUUUGAGAGAAGCUGUCUUCUGAGAAAUAGCUAGCUCCAAGUCAUGAUGGUUCUGACAAUCCCAGCCACACUGGGUCAUCCUAUACUGAGGGGAUUUGAUGGAAUCACUCAGGCCAAUUCAUCAGCCUGUGUUUGCUGAGAGAACGUUUCCCAUCUAAUACCUUAGGCAGCUGGCUUCAUAUCCACUGGCAGUUUAGAGAAGAGAAAGGCAACUUGAUUGAAACACAGAAAACAGUGAGGGGUCUUAACUGGGUGGUGAGGGAGAGGAUGGUUCCUCUUGUAGAAGGAUUUAGAGUUCCAGGUGACUGUUUAAAAAUCAGGGCUUAUCCAUUUUAGACAAAGAUGAGAAAAAUAUUUUCUGAGUCCUGGAUCUUUGGAACUCUCUUCCUCAAAAGGUGGUGGAAAUGAAUCUUUGAAUAUUUUUAUGACAGCUGGGUAGAUUCUUGUUGAAUGGGGUGAAAGGUUACCAGGAAUAGUUGGGGAUGUAAUCAGAACAGCCACCAUCUUACUGAGGGGCAGAGUGACCACCACCUAGGUUUUGAAUGUUCAUAUGUUGAGUUUUUCCAGCACUGUCUGAGUUAAUCCUUUGCUUUUGCUCAUCCUGACCUUACCAUGGAUUCUCUGUCUUUAUGUGUCUUUGUCCCUCGGUUUUUGUCUAUCUCUCUUUUUGUCCCACACCCGUUCUUUCACAUUAUAUCCCUGACCCCUUAUUACUCUCAGGCUCCACUUCACACCCUCUGUCCCCCUCUCACUCCCUCUAUCCCACUCACUCUCUGUUCUUCACUCUCCCUCUUUCCCUCACACUCUCCUUCUG